CUCCUCACUCCUCCUCCAGCAUCUCUCUCCUCACAUCCUCUUGCACGCCUCGUCUGCUCAAUUCGCACCAAACUCCACAUUUUAAAAAAAUUUAUUUAUUUUUUUGCACCGCGCUCCGCCUUUUUGGACACAGGAUUGGAUUUAGUGCAGAGCUGGCGGCUCCUCGGAGACCAAACUAAAGGAUGGUGAAGGCGGCGUUGAGAGGAAUUGAUGCCAAAUACUGAACGGAGCAAUCUGCGUGGCGGAGAAGAAGUUUGACUGCGCAUCGUCUUGUGUGGAAUGGGCGAUGGGAUGUGCAGCUUUGCGAUGAGACGUCUGUGGUUCUGUGUCUUGCUUGUGAGCAUCACCUGCCGUCUGAGCCUCUCCCAGGAUGUGACUGGAACUCCCAAAGAGGCCGAAUUAAACGACAACAUCACCAUCUUCACACGCAUCCUGGACGGACUGCUGGAUGGAUACGACAACAGACUCCGCCCCGGACUGGGAGAGAAGGUGACUGAGAUCAAAACCAACAUCUUUGUCACAAGCUUUGGUCCCGUCUCUGACACUGAAAUGGAAUACACUAUCGACGUAUUCUUUCGUCAGAGCUGGAAAGAUGAGCGACUUUGCUUUAAAGGCCCGAUGGAGAUGCUUCCCCUGAACAACCUCCUGGCCAGUAACAUCUGGACCCCCGACACCUUCUUCCUCAACGGGAAAAAGUCCAUCGCGCACAACAUGACGACACCGAACAAGCUGCUGCGGCUGAAAGACGACGGGACUCUUCUCUACACCAUGAGGCUCACUAUCUCAGCAGAAUGUCCCAUGCAGCUGGAGGAUUUUCCGAUGGAUGCUCACGCUUGUCCCCUUAAAUUUGGAAGCUAUGCGUAUCCGGUCUCGGAGGUUGUCUACACGUGGACUCAGGGAGCUGCCAAGUCGGUGGUGGUGGCAGAAGAAGGCUCUCGGCUCAACCAGUAUCACCUGAUUGGUCAAACAGCAGGAACAGAGGACAUCUACACCAGUCGAGGUCAAUACACUGUGAUGAUGGCUCACUUCUACCUGAAGAGGAAGAUCGGCUACUUUGUCAUCCAGACUUACAUGCCUUGCUUCAUGACUGUGAUCCUGUCGCAGGUUUCCUUCUGGUUGAACAGGGAGUCUGUGCCAGCUCGGACUGUGUUUGGUGUGACCACUGUACUAACCAUGACCACUCUCAGCAUCAGUGCUCGAAAUUCGCUGCCCAAAGUGGCUUACGCUACAGCCAUGGACUGGUUCAUCGCGGUGUGCUACGCUUUUGUCUUCUCCGCCCUCAUUGAAUUCGCCACGGUUAAUUAUUUCACCAAAAGGAGUUGGGCCUGGGAUGGAAAAAAGGCGAUGGAGGCCCAGCAGCCCAAGAAAAAAGACCCGUUAGCCCUGUCUAAGAAGCCAAACAACACCUGCUCAGCCGGUGUGAAUUAUACAACCAACCUUACGAAGGACGCGUCCAUCUCGACCAUUUCAAACAGCACGGCUGUUCAGCUCAAACCAUCUGAAACCAAGGCCCCAGAUCCCAAAAAGACUUACAACAGCGUGAGCAAGAUCGACAAGAUGUCCAGAAUAGUGUUCCCAGUGCUGUUUGGGACCUUCAACCUGGUUUACUGGGCCACGUAUCUCAAUAGGGAACCAGUGAUUAAAGGAGCUGUUUAAGCUCUGCGAUGUGGGUUGUUCAUGCUCCUGACAACCGCUGCAGGAUUUGAUAACUGGAACGCAAUCAAAAACAAUGCCAAACACUUAGUCCUUGUAUCAUAGAUGUGUUUUUUUAGGUAACCAGAUAACAUUGCAUGUGUGUCGCUUCAGGAAACUUUUGCCAUGUUUUGUACAUGUAUGAUUAACAACCCAAAAAGUUUCAUUUAUCACAGUUUAACUGAUUAGUUUCUGCCAAAUUUUGAUCUUUUAAAAAUGUUAGCAUUUGGGAUUCAUAUUUUCUCCUUGAGUCUACAGUAGAUGAUGGUACAGCACAACUCUGUCUCCCCGAAAUUAUGCUCCUAUACGACUAAAGCACAUUUUUAUUUGUGUUUGAAAAAGAAAUGUAUUUAGAUUUGAAGCAAACGAAAAGUAAGACCGACAUAAAAGGAAAGGCUUCCAGCUCCAAAAGAGCUGCAACAUCCUUGUAAGGAAGUCAGUUAUAGGACUUUCACCCAGGAAAGCAGAAUUUGCAUCCCAUAUGGGACCAUUAUUCUUACAUUACAUUGAACAUGCAACAUAUGCAGACUGUUUUAGGUGGAUAUACCACAGAAUGUAUCUUGUUAGUGGCCACAACUGCAGCGCAUGCACUUCAUAGGGUUGUGCAAAACAAAACAGUAAGCUUUUAUUUUGGGUAUGUCUGGCUAUAUUACAGUCAUGAUACUUAGAUUUUUAGCGAGUUUGUGUAAAAUGAGUAAUGAGUAAAAUGUGUAAAAUGAUCACUGUAGUGUUUGUAGGGAAUAAAUUUAUAAAACAAUCAUUAGCUGGCGCUGGAAAAAUAAAUGUUGAUGGGGUGAUGGAGACCCUAAAGUGGAAGCUUUGUUUGAUAUAAAGCAGGUAUUUCCUGUGUACCAGUAGUUUAUUUUUCGACUUUUUUUUGGCAAAAGGGCUGCGCACACCUUGUAUAAAAAUGUAAAUAGAAGACUAGUCUAUUUUUACGUUUGCAGCACAGAUCUUCACGGUGCGUUGCUCGCUGCUCAGACAUCUGGUGUAGCCACUUUCAUUGAUUAGAAUAGAAGUUUAGCGUUGCAGCAUCCAGUCCGCAAACAGUCUGCAUACAUUACAUUCAGUGUAACCAAAGCGUCAAGUUUUGUUUUCAUUUACUGUUUACUUUUUGUUUUCACUCUGUUUUUAAUUACGAUUAUGCAUCAAACCUACAUGGCUAGUUGAAGGAAAAUGUCAUGCUCUGGGUUAAAAUGCAACCCAUCACAACAUGUUUGAAGCUUUUCCUCCAGUUUCUGGGUUACCAGGGUUUCAAAUCCUGCCCUAUCUACUAGGUGGUUGAUAAAUAAAUGCCGAAAACAUGUUCAUAAUGUGAGAAAUAUCAUGAACACCUGGGGGAUAAUUCAAAACAUAACUGAGAAUACCGUUUGGCUGUAUAAGAACUACAUUUGUGGGCGACAGGGCUGUGCAGCAAGGCCAAAUGCUAUGCAAAACAACAUUUUUACCGUGUUAUUACUCCUAACCGGCUUUUACCUUUGUAACUCUUACUUUGUCCAAAUGGGCUGGAGGUCCAGGAUGCUGGGCCCAGGCACAUGGAAUUUUGCUUCCUUGUUAAAAGCAGAUGAAUAGCCAUGCUUAAAUGUGUUGCCUUCAGAGUGUGAGAACUCAUCAUGAAUGCACUGAAAUCUCCUGCAGUUACUUUCUCCAGAAGCCAGAUUUAAAAAUUUGGUUUAAUAUUUGACUCUUUUUGUUCUUUUUUUUUUUUUUGUUGCUACUUUUCAUUAGGUAUUGAGUUUCUGUUUAUGUAGAGAUCAAACAGGGACAGAUUUCAAGCUAAAGUGAUAGUGGCAGCUUUUGUUUCCGAGUCACCAUGUUGAGAAUCCUGUCUGUAUGUAUGUAAGUACGGUAGUAGUUUAAGAAACUUGUAUAUACGCCCUGCUUUUAGAACAGCACCACUAAGCCAGUAAGGUUAGCUUCUAUGUAACGCAUAUGCAGCAACAGUGUUACUCUAGUCUAGCGCUUCAUUGACUGGAUAUUGAGAAAUGAGCCCAGUAGCUUGAGCUUUAGCCAGUUUGACAGAAUAUACAGUGCUUUUUUAAAACAUCUUGUUUUGCUAUUUUUUUUAGAUAGGUUUGCUGUUUCUAUAAGCUUUGAUGAUAAUGUGCAAAUAUUCUUGACAUAUAUUUGGAUGCUUUGGGUAGAAUCACAUUUUUUUGUCAUUUAGAUUCGAGACUGAUUUGAGCUUCGGUUAUCGAAGAGACAGAAAGUCACAGCAUCAUUAUCAUUUUUAAAUCAUAUUGUCUUUAUUAUUUUUAGAGAUUCAUGCAUUAAUCUGAAUGAACAUUAAAAAGCAUAGUGAUAAUUUAAAGAAAUACUUACAUUAUGGUUACUUAUUGGGAAAUAUGGUUAAAAAAGAUUGAUGCUGUUCUGCCUUUACAGUAAAUAUAAAGCCAGAUGACUUAGCUUAGCAUAAAAACUACACACGGGAGGGCAGUUAAUCUAGAUGUGUUACCUCUGAGUUACUGCAGCUUAAUUGGAUGAAGGUAAAGUAAAAUUUAGCAUAGAUGGGAAUUGCAGUCAGCAUUACUUACUUGCCUGAAGAGCCUGUAAUAUGCUUUCUAGGUUACCCCUUUCCUUCAGUGUGUUGUACAGUUUUUUGUGUAUGUGAAAGGUCUAACUUACAAAGCCCAGACGGAGUUUUUCUCUCCCAGAGAAAGCCCUUAGACAAAGUUGGACAAUAUUUCCACACUACAGCAGCGUUUGCUAGAGCUACAUACCUAUACUCACUGAUCUGAUUGUACAUAACCGAUGUUGCUGCACUUUCAUCACAUCAGCCGAACACUCAGAGCAGGCUGCAGUUUUUUGUAAGGGAGGCUUAAAGAGACAGAAGAAAUGCUGCAGCGUUGUACAGCAUGAGACAAAUAAUGUGCUGUAAAGACAUGAAAACAUAUUCUAAAGACGUGUUCAGUGUGAAACAAUUCUAGAUUUCAAACUCCAUGAGACAAACCACUUUGAGGGUUAGGUGUUAAUUUGUCAGCUUUAAGGUGUGGCCAGAGUCCCCUUGUUUCAAGUAGCUAUGCUAAGCUAUCGGUUGCUAGCUCUAUUUGAGAAUGGUAACAAUCUUCUCAUUACAAUUAGGCAAGAAAGCAAAGUACUAUUCUUUUAAUGAAAUAACCUCCAAUCACAGCACUUUGAAGGUCAUCGUAUAACUUCAGUCUCCCUCCAUGACGCCCACGACUACAGCUGCAUGCACUACACUCACUUCAGCAGAGUUAGUUUUGCAGUCUGAAUGUGAUCAUGUGACUUUAUGCCUGUGUGGCCUGCCACUAUUCAAUGAGUUGUCUUGUAUUACUACAUUUAAGAUCUGAAUUUUCGAUAAAGGCUGUUCUUUAAAUGCAAAUAUCUGAAGCAAUAAAUAAUGCUCAUAUAAAUAAUGACUUCUGUUUAUGAUAAUGUCACCAUUUGACCCACAUUUUGUUGAUUAAUCUAAAACCCUUCCCUCUUUGGAAGCACAGUACUCCCCUCUUUACUGUAUUUACUUUUCUGUAAAAGGCCCUUGCAGGUCACCAGUGUAAAGGCCUGUAUCACUAUUAAAACUUUUUCUUAAUUGUUAUGUACCUGACUCCAAUAAAGCUUCACUGACUUCA